UGUGGCUGGGAGGCAGCACAGUCAGCCAGUCUCUUCGCUUGAACCUUGAUUCAAACCUGAAGGGAAACAGGAAUCUUUUAAACUAACCGACCAACCGAAAACAACUACUUCUGGUGGCUCCUAAACAAACACCGGCUUUUUUCAGGACACCUUUAAUCCAGCAGGCGAGUUGUGACCAUGCGCUGCCUGGCUGCCCGGGUGAACUACAAGACCCUCAUCGUUAUCUGUGCCCUCUUCACGCUCAUCACGGUGCUGCUGUGGAACCGCUGCUCCAGCGACACCUCCCUGCGCUUCCUGCCCCGUGCUGCCCUGGUGGCCCCAAGUCCCAGGGUGGGGGACGCCAGCAUCAGCAGCCAGCAACACCCUCCACAACCGCCGGAGCCCCCGCCCGUCGUCGGUGUCGUCGCAGGGCUCAAGUAUGAAGAUAUCGACUGCCUGAUCAAUGACGAAUCCACCAUCAAAGGCCGGCGGGAGGGCGGAGAGAUAUACCUGCCCUUCAGCUGGAUGGAGAGAUACUUCGAGGUGUACGGCAAAGUGGCGCAGUACGACGGCUACGACCGGUUCGAGUUCCAGCACAGCUAUUCAAAGGUUUACGCGCAGCGCGAGCCCUACCACCCCGACGGGGUCUUCAUGUCAUUUGAGGGGUACAAUGUGGAGGUCCGCGACCGAGUCAAGUGUAUAAGUGGAGUGGAAGGCGUGCCUCUGUCCACUCAGUGGGGCCCUCAGGGCUACUUCUACGCCAUCCAGAUCGCUCAGUACGGCCUGAGCCACUACAGCAAGAACCUGACGGAGCGCCCCCCCCACGUGGAGGUCUACGACACGGCCGAGGACCGAGACAGCCGGGCCAGCGCGGCGCCCUGGAGUGUGCCGAAAGGCUGCGGCCUCAGCCGCGUCCACGACAAGACCCGAGCUACCUCCGUGCGUCAGUUCAGCGCUCCAGAGUCCUCUGAGGGCGUGUCCCUGCAGCUGGGUAACUCCAAAGACUUCAUCCUCAGCUUAGACGUCAAGUUCGUCUCCAACGGCAGCGUGUCUGUGAUCCUCGAAACCACGGAGAAGGGCCCGCCGUUCACCAUCCGCUACGUCACCAGCACGCAGCUCAUCGCCUUCAAGGACCGUGAAAUCACGUACGGCGUUGGGCCACGAACCGCCUGGAGCACGCUGACCCGAGACCUGCUCACCGACCUCAGGAAGGGCGUCGGCCUGUCCAACACCAAGGCUGUGAAGGCCACAAAGAUCAUGCCCAGACGGGUGGUGCGAUUAACGCUACACGGGCGCGGCUUCGUAGACAACGUCACCAUCUCCACCACUGCCCACAUGGCCGCCUUCUUCGCCGCCAGCGACUGGCUGACGCGCAACCAGGACGAACGAGGCGGCUGGCCCAUCAUGGUCACCCGUAAACUGGGCGAAGGCUUCCGGCCCCUGGAGCCCGGCUGGUACUCGGCCAUGGCUCAGGGCCAGGCCAUGUCCACCCUGGUGAGAGCCUACCUCCUCACCAAGGACCAGGCGUACCUCAACGCCGCCCUCAAGGCGGUCGGACCCUACAAGGUGCCUUCAGCGCAGCACGGGGUCAAAGCCGUGUUCAUGAACAAGUACGACUGGUAUGAAGAGUACCCCACCACGCCCAGCUCCUUUGUCCUCAACGGCUUCAUCUACUCCCUGCUGGGACUCCACGACUUGACUGAGACAGCCGGAGAGAAGCUCGGCAGGGAGGCGGGGCAGCUGUUCAGCCGCGGCAUGGAGUCGCUGAAGGCCAUGCUGCCGCUCUUUGACACGGGGUCUGGGAGCAUCUACGACCUCCGUCACUUCAUGUUGACCACGGCGCCCAACCUGGCACGCUGGGACUAUCACACCACGCAUAUUAACCAGCUGCAGCUGCUGGCAUCCAUAGACAACGCUCCCGUCUUUAAGGACGUGGUCAAGCGCUGGAAAAACUACUUAAAAGGGAUUCGUGCCAAGCACAACUAAACAAAUUGUAACUCGCAUACAGCCGAGAUGAAUAUACCUGAAUAUAUCUUAACGGGUGAUUGAAUGUGAGGCGAGUGCUCACAUUGUGUGCGUGCGUUCUGGUCGAGGUUCAUAAUCUAAAGGACGAGUUCAUUCAGCUGCAGCUCUCAACACUAAAAGUUUCUCGUGUGCUCUGUUGCAGGUUUCAUAUUUUCUGCAACACUGACUGUAGCUCUCCCCUCCUGUGUUUUUCCUUGAGCUAGUGUUUGUAAUUAUGCACAGACCUAGUUUCAGAGUGUGAGUGUGUGCGUUCAGGAAGAGUGUGUGUGUGUGUGUGUGGAGUAACAAUAUAUGGCGUUGGAGACAGAUAAAACUCCUUUUUACCACUUCAUCCGAGAUUUGCAAAGUUUAUUGAAAUGAAUAAACAAAAAAAACUGAAUAUAUUAUGAGGAGGAGAAUGUUGCCAAAUCAAUUUAUCUUAUUAAUAUGAAAUACUUCAACAUUUUGGGUUUAAUUCCUCCACUGCAAAGUUAUUUUUAUCAGAUAAGCCGCAAGACUUAGAAGUUUUAAAUCAAGACGUAUUUUCAAACACACCAUGUUUAAGCUGUUGGGUGAGAUAAAUUAAUUUCGCUGUCGUCCGUUUGUAGAAAGGUUUUAUGCUUCCAGUCUCUUUUUCCAUCAAACACACAUCAUUUGGGGACGGAUUAUAUUGAUUCCUUUAAUAUAAAUAUUAAGUCACAGUUUAGGUAUCUGUUAAACUGCUCCGGGGAAUAAACACCUCAAACCACCAUAUUUGGGUUCAGACAGUUAAAGCGGCUCUGCUACCAGCGUACCUCCUUGGUUCCUACCCAUAAUUCCACUGUGUAUAGCUGAGCUGUUGUGUAGCCACACCUGGUCAGAGAUGACUGCAUGACUGCGUCUUUAGUUUGCGUUCCAGGUGUCACAUGGAGGACUGCAGGUAGCAUGCUGCCACAACAUGCGAGUUUGUGUUAUAUUCCCUGAGAUAAUUCAUAAUCUGUCCUAGAUUUUACCCGUCAAUGCAGAAGCCGCUGUGUUACUGUUACCUUUAUGUGACGUUUCUAAGACAUCAAGCUGUGUGCUACCAUUCUUAGCUCUAACCAAACCCCACUAAAGUCCCUCAGUUGGCCACAAACACACUUAAUUAUUUAUGUUCCACUGCAGAACACAGCUACAAAUAGUUAGCUCUGCAUCGCUUUGAGUUCAGGAGUCACCGUUGCUCUGUUCCUCUCAUUAGCACAUUUUUGUGGGCGAAAGCUAGAAAACAGUUUAGAUUGAGACGGUCGGCUAAACAUAUUGAAAUUCCUCAUGGCUGUGUUGUCUCGAUGUGCACUCGGGUAAUCCCCAGCGUGCAGACUUCUUCAGAUCCCGGUACUUUAAACUAGUCUGACUACAGAUGUAUGUAAAUGACUAAAUCUUGGCUCACUCUGACACAUUCAAAUUAUGAUCAAUGUCCCUGAUAAGUGUAAAUAACGGCCGGCAGUGUCAUCAUUAAGCUCCACUCACGGGACAAGCUGUGAAGUUCAAACCAACACUUGCAUUUCUCUUUUAAAUUGCAAACAUUGACCGAUCAUUGUUAAUCUUUGGAAUCUUCACAUCCCUUUCGGUUUGAACAUCAGCACCAUCAGCUCCCGUUUCAUGCUCCGCUUUUGACCUUUUUCGGACAUUCACCUGUAAAAGCUCUCCUUCCGGAACUCAUACUUCCAGAUGAUAAUUGCAGGAAGGUGUAGGUGGUGGUGGUAUGUAUGCGUCGUGUGCAUUUGGAUGGAAAGACGUGGGCAGCAGAGGGCACAACUGCAUCUCGCUAACACGUCGGUUCAUAACGUUUAAUUAGACAAUGCCAGGAGUACUGACGGUGGAGGUCAAUUCUUGACGAGCACCGAGAGGCUGUCAGUCCCGGCAGGCUCUCGGCUGCUGUGGAUGGGUGAACUCGGUGUUUUUAAUCCGAGAGCCGACCUGUUGACCGCUGUGCGAGGAGAAGGAAAGCUCGCCGAGACACUAACGAUUCAACCGGCUAAUAGGCUGGAGAGGCUGCACACGCAGUACAGUGGCGAGUCGGGGAUGAGUCAGCACUCAAAACAAAGUGGAGCCCUCAGCACCAAUGAAGCUUCCAUCGAUCUACCGUAAAGAUUAUUAAUGGAGGGGAAUCGGGUCGGUUUGUUCUUCCUGAAGGUGCUGAUGGGGAGUUUUUCUUUUGGUCAUUUUCAUGUAAACUUCGAGAUGAAAAACGUUUUUCCCCGCUUUCAAGUUGUCGUCGUGUGAGCUGAUGAGAGUAAAUCAAAGAAGCGUUGAUUCAUUCCGAUGUAGCGUUGGUUAGAGAACAAGUAUUGCUUUUUGUUUCAAAGUCAUUAUUAAAGGCUGCGGGUACAUCGUCCUCGCCUCGCAGCUUCAUCUGGAACUCAUUCUGCAUUCAGAACUAAGUGAGGAUUUACGACAAAUUAAGGACAAUAAUCUGAGAUUUCAAGAAAGAAGUUGUAAUAUUUCAGGAAUAAAGUCAUAACAUUGAGAGGAAAAUUAAAAAACCUUUUGCAAGGAAAAAUAGUAACCUUGUAAUCCACGACUUUAUCCGAGUAUAACCACUUUUGUCUUGAAAUAUUAUGACUUUAUCACUGAAAUAUUAUUUCCUUUUCUCUCCCCCCCAAAACAUUUUGACUUCAUUCCCAAACUGUCCGGUUUCUUUUCUCGAGGUUUAUUCUGUGGGUUGAAGGAAUUCUAUUGAUGUUCAAAUAUCAAAUAUCCCAGAGAGGAGGUAUGAAUGCACGUUUUGAUAAUUCCAGUUUUCUUUGUACGCUUGCUGAUUAUUUUUGUUCGUUUCUGAGUGAGCCAUUUUGACAGGACAGGUAGAAAUAUGUAGUUUCAAACGUUCAGCAAUGGAAGUUCUGUGUGUGAAUGACUGUCUGUAUUUUGUUUAUACCAAAGUCAUUGAGUCAAGUAUGUAGGAAUUUGUCUAUUUUUGUGCAAACCGAUUUCCAUUCAGCAUUUAACGAUGUUUAGUCUCCUUUGAGAUGUCGCAGAGACACACUGCCUUUUGAGGAAUGCUAGUUUUUCAAAUGUAGGUUGAAUUACAGCGAGAAGACGUGGAAAACUCGCUUGUCGUAAAGGGGACGUGUGCAACUAGAGAUUAGCAUUUAGUCGGCUACCGUUUUAAAGGGAAGAGAGCCGGUAGCUGUAAAUUCUCUUUGAAAGUUUUUCUUCUGUUUUGAGUGUUUUAUUUUUGCAUCAUUUGUCAUUUGUUUGCAGAGGAGUGGGAUGUUUUACUAGAUAGACAAAAAGCACAACUGCCGUUUAUUGUCACGUUUUCUGUUGUUUUUCUUUCCAGGACAAUGUGCACCGCCUUCAUUCAGAGAGCUGCUAUGAUUGUUCACUGUGCAACGGGUUUCACAGCUUCUUUUUCUUCUUUUUGUUUCUGUCUUUCCAACUAAAUGACCACUGUGGUCAAAUGUGAUUUAUGCAAUAACAUGUUUACUGGGGUCGUAAACGCCACAGGAGACAGACCCAGAGCGGAUGUACAGACUGCAAUUCAAGCACAAUGUGCAAAUGCUACCAUUUUUUUAGUCCAAGGAAGAGAGGCGUUUCUAUACAGAGUGAAUCUUUGUGCUUUAAAGAUGUGCUUUUUAUAGGUGUAAAAAAUAAAAGCAUUUUUUCUUAAACUUCUGGUCGGAUA